AUGGAUUCUUGGCCGGGAGACACGUCGGACUCGGAAAGCACGACCGGCGACGGGGACGGGGAAGAAAGAAAGGAGGCUGAGGGUAAAACGGGAAAGGAAAUUAUCUCGGUGGAAGACGAGGAAGACGGGUUCCGGACGCCGACUUCGUCGGAGCAUAGGAUUCCGGCGCCCACUGUGUGCCCGCCGGCGCCUAGGAAGCCCUGCCCGAAGAGGAGGCGGUCGAGGUCGCCGGCGGCUCGCCGGUGCGUGGAAUUCGACGCGUCAGAGGAGGUCGAGUCAGUUUUGCAGUCGGAGGACGGCCGGAAUCAGGAGGACGGCGGUGGAGACGAGCCGGAAAACAAGAGAGCUCGGAAGAGCAGCGGCGACGGCGGCCAUGAACGCCGAUCGUGA